AUGGCGCAGACACGACAAGACGUCAAGCCGUUCUACGGCCCGCCAAUGACCUCCUCCAUCUUCGCCACCAAAUGGCUCGCCAAAUUCCGCGACUUCCUCCUCCAUAGGCACCGCAACCACUCCUACAAAGCCCACGAACCUCGACUCUGCGUCCUCACCUCCGAAGGCUUCGACCACGUCUUCCACUUCCACGCCCAAGCCACUGAGCUCCGCCUCUCUCAAAAGGACUUUCCCAAAGAAGCGCCCCUUCCUCCCUGGAGCAACCUGCAAGACAACUGCGUGCUCCCCGUCGAGCACCUCGGCAUCGCUGUGGUGAAUCCUUUCGAAGCCUCGGUGACGAUGCUGUUUAUGCUGGAUCGGUUCGUGGAGCAGCUCGAGGGGAUGAAGAUCAAGGGGAAGACGAUGGAGGGGAUGACGUGGCGAGAUCUACCCCUGCGGUGGAGACUGCGUAUGGAUGACUUGUUUGAGAAGGUCGAUGAGGCGAGGGAGACGGGUUGGUGGUUGUUCCCGAAGCCGGACAAGUUUGCCGCGAUGAUCCAGGCGAGUAUGGCUGCGAAGAGCAAGAAAGUGGAUAUCGGUCUCGAUGAGGAGGAGGCGAGUUUGGGAGGUUAG